UUGGAAGCGGACAAACCAUUGAGUUUAGUUUUGAGAUUUUUUUGAGUAUUUAUUUGAUAUAGUAACUGUAACUGGUAUAGUUCUGGAAUAUGAGGAGUGUUGGGAUAUUUCUCUGCAUGGUAUUCAUCUCCUUCCCUGUCCAUGGAACGUAUCGACACGGCAAAAAUAGCUGCCAGUGCAAUGGGAAGGCGCUGUACUGUGUCAUGGAUGCCGGGGGGCUGCGCUGUGUGAAGUGCACAGGGAACACCGAGGGGCGGCACUGUGAGAGCUGCAAGGAGGGCUUCUACCACCAGGCGGCAGGCAAGAGCUGCAUCUCCUGCAACUGCAGCCCUACAGGUUCACUGGGUCCACGGUGUGACAGCGAGGGCCGCUGUAGCUGCAAAGCGGGCUUUACGGGGGAGAAGUGUGACCGCACGCCUCUCAAUUUAAAAUGUAGGGGACAGACUAACAGUCAGGACUGCUUGCCUUGCUUCUGUAAUGGACACUCAAGUGACUGUUCUAAAGCAGCUGGUUAUUCUGUCCAUAACAUCACCUCAUCAUUUCAAAAAGAUGAUGAGGGAUGGCAUGUCGCUACUGCCCAGGGUGUAACCCCACCGAGCGUUCAUUUCCGCUGGUCACAUACUCACGGAGACCUAGAGGCCAUCUCCAAGGACAUCUUGCCCAUCUAUUUCUAUGCCCCAUCCUCAUACCUGGGCAAUCAGAUCCUCAGCUAUGGCCAGAACCUGUCUUUCUCCCUCCGCCUGGACAGAGGGACCCGCCGUCCCUCCGUGUCCGAUGUGGUGCUGCAGGGGGCGGGACUUCAAGUGUCUGCCUCUCUGGGUGAUCUGAGGACGGUGGUGGCCUGUGCCAAAAAAAUCUCCUACACUUUCAGACUGGAUGAGAAGCCUGGCAGCAAAUGGCAGCCUGAACUGUCAUCCCUCCAGUUCCAGAAACUCUUGAGCAACUUAACUGCCAUCAUGAUCAGGGGGACGUUUGGGGAAAAUGGACGUGGUUAUUUGGACAAUGUGAGCCUUGUGUCUGCUCGUAAGGGCACUGGCACCCCCGCAGACUGGGUUGAGAAGUGCAGCUGCCCCACAGGGUAUGAAGGCCAAUUCUGUGAGCGCUGUGCCCCAGGGUACAAGAGACAUUCCUCUGACAGCAGCCCACUCGGCUCUUGUGUGCCCUGUGCCUGCCAGGCAGGAACCUGCGACCCAGAGACUGGAGAGUGUUACUCAUCUGAUGACGAUUCCCUUGGGCAGUCCUGCCCGACUGGCUCCUACAACAACCCACAGAGGCCCAAUACCUGCCUACCAUGCUCUUGUCCUGGUGGCAGCGGGUGCUCGGUGAUGUCUGGGACACUGCAAGUGAAGUGUGACCGCUGCCCACUGGGGACCUCAGGUUCUCGUUGCCAUGUCUGUGCUAAUGGUUUUUAUGGUGAUCCCCUUGGCGAGAGAGGCAUUGUGAGACCAUGCCAGCCCUGCCAGUGUAAUGGCCACGUGGACCUCCGCUUGGUGGGGAGCUGUCACAGCACCACAGGGGAGUGUUUGAGGUGCCAGAACAAAACCAGCGGCCCCUCCUGCGAAAACUGCCUGCCAGGCUUCUACCACAGCAACCCCAGAGAUGCGUGCAAAGCCUGUGCCUGUGAUCCCAUGGGCUCCUUUGCUCAGGACUGCAGCGAUGCCGGCCAGUGUGACUGCAGGCCCGGUUAUGAAGGCCUCAGGUGCCAUCAAUCCUCAUGCCCAUCCUGCUUUGACCCGCUCAAGAGCAAGAUAGAUAACUAUGCUGGUAAAGUCCGUGAGAUUGAGGCCCUGUUCAAUGAGAUUGCAAGCGGCAAGGUGCCUGUGAAUGAUGCUCAGAUGGAGAGAAGCGUCCGUGCAUUAGAGGACGUGGUGGCAGACAUGCAGAGGAAAGCAGAGAAACUCUCAGAGAUGGAGAGGAGUCUUGAGGUGAGGCUAAAUAAAGUCAGUGGGACCCAGCUGGGAGAGGACAGAGAUAUUCAGUCUUUGGCUGAAACCAUGGACAACAUCAAACUACAGGAGCAGCAGUACAAGAGACAAGUUUCUGCCAUUCAGCAACUAGUUCAGAGUGCAAAGCUAAAACUACAGCAAGCCAAACAGGAGCUUAGGCAAGCAGAGUUCCCCUCAGGUGAUGCUGCUGUGGGUUCAGACUCUUUGACUGGAUUAGUCCAGAAGGCCACUACGCUGGCAGAGAAGCACCAGGGGAGAGCAGAUUUCAUUGAAAAGACUGCCAACAGUGCCCUGUCUGAUGCAGAGAAAGCCUUGAACCUGAUGCGAACCGCUAUGACAGGAGAGAACAAAGUGAAGGAACAGAUUGUCAACCUCAAGGCUCUAUAUGAGAAGAAGGGCUCUGAGGUGAAGGCUAUGCAGAACGAGGCGUCCGGCCUGAUUACUACGGCGACAGGGGAGAGCGACAUUGCAGCCAACACUCUGAAGCAGAUCUCCUCUCUGGUGCUCCCACAGCCUCCCACGGAGGACAUGGCUACGCUGGUAGGCAGUCUAAACAGCCUGAAGAAGUGGAUGGAGGGGAACCUGACCGCAUACCAGGAGCUGCAGAAGGAUGUUGACGCUGACCAGAGCGAAGCUGAGAGCCUCUUGGCCCAGGCCAAGGCCGCCCAGCAGAAAUAUGACAAGUUGCUUGGGAGGGCAGAUGCUGCCAAAGCUGUGGCCGACCUGGCUCUGAAAGGCAUCAACGACAACAUGAGUGGAGUGGAGGACGCCCUGGAGACGCUACGAGGCUUUGAUGACAAAAUCAGUGAGAACAAAGCACUGGCAGAGGACGCCAUCUCUAAGCUGCCUGGUAUCAAUGGCACCAUCAGAAACGCAGUUACCACUAAUGCCCAGACAAUGUCAGUCCUGGACAGUGUGGACACACCGUACAAUGGAGCCUUGGGUACCAUCAGCACACUGGGGGAAAUAGUGACCCGUCUGGAGGGAAUGCCUGAUGUGGUCACUCUGUCCACGGAGCUGGAGAGGAACGCUGGUGUCCUCAGAGGGGAUGUGGAUGGCCUUCAGGACCGGGCGGACGAUGUGCUGAACGCAAUCAAAGAGGAGACAAAAAUAGCAGAGGCCCAGAAGGACACAGUACUACAGGUUGCAGAAGAUGCCACAACUGCCUUAGGCAAUGCAGAGGGCACCAGAACUGCUGUUGGGGAGACGCUCAAGACGGUCACUGACCUUCUAAAUGCUUUUGGCUCCACAAGUGGACCUGUGGAUCUGAACAAGGUGAAUGAGCUCCAGGCAGCCGUCAACACUGCUACCACCCGUGUGGCCGGGGAGCUUCUGCCCCGGCUGAAGGAGCUGGAGGACAUUGAUGCGCGGCAGAAGACCGCCCUCUCAAACUUGAGCGCAAACAUUGACGCCAUCAUGGCCGACAUCGAGAACCUGGAGGACAUCCGUGCCAGGAUCCCCAAUGGCUGCUUCAAUGCGCCGCCCAUCGAGAGGCCCUGAGGAUCGACAAUCCCAUUCUCGUUAUGGAGAGGCUUUUGGGAAUGUCCACCUGCUGCUUCAGCAUGUUACAAACGCCUGGAGAUGGCAGAAUUAUGCACUAUAUUUUCAUUUUCUUUCAUACACUUGUAAUGUUUUUUUGUUUAACUUCUGUUGCUUCAUCGUGAAAGUCUGUGGAUGUGUAGUGUGUGUGUGUGUGUGUGUGUGUGUGUGUGUGUGUAUGAGUGUGUGUUAAGUCUGAGCUCCAAAUUCAGUGCCAUGUCGUAGGAAGGCCGACUGUGAAGUUCUGUGAAAUGUGCCUUAUCUAAAAUGACCAUCUUCACCUAAAACCAAAUCAUUUUUAAUCACUGUUGGGACAAACAGAACUCUCGUGUUGCCACUGUUGUUUCGCGAAACCACUCAGUAUUUAUUUUGCAUAUCAUUAAAGUAUGGACUUAUGGGAGAA